CCGGGUCAUCCGCCAGUAUCUCUCUCUUGCGUCUGUGUGAGACACAGUAAUAAUAAUUUCAUCCGCCGCCGUGCUGUACUGCAGCCCUCUGCCUGACUGCGCGGCUCGCCGAGCGGACACUGCGCCUGGGGUGCACCGGUGAUGAUGGAGCCACGGGCGCUGUGAAGCUGCAGCCGGUCGCACAAAGGCAGGGAUGAGACGGUGAGAGGCUUUUGUAUGGGCCAGCCCGCGGUGAUUAACUCGCCCUAACGAUGUCUAAAAGCCUCAAGAAGAAAAACCACUGGACCAACAAAGUCCACGAAGCGGUGAUAACCCGUGGGAAGGAAGGGGAGCUGGGGUUUGAGCUGAAGGGGGGCGCGGAAAUCGGCCAGUUCCCCUACUUCGGCGAGGUGAAGCAGGGGAAAGGACUGAUCCAGAGCGGCAAACUGGCCCAGGAUGAGCUGCUGCUGGAGGUCAACAACAUGCCAGUGGCCGGGCUCACCACCCGGGACGUGCUGGCCGUGAUUAAACACUGCAAAGACCCAGUCCGUCUCAAAUGUGUCAAGCAAGGGGGGGUGGUUGACAAGGAUUUGCGGCACUACCUCAACCUGCGUUUCUCCAAGGGCUCAGUGGACCACGACCACCAGCAGAUCAUCAGAGACAACCUCUACCUCCGCACUGUUCCCUGUACCACCAGGCAGCCUAAGGAGGGGGAGGUGCCAGGGGUGGACUACAACUUUGUGAGUGUGGAGCGUUUUAUGGAACUGGAGCAAAGUGGAGCCCUGCUAGAGAGUGGAACCUAUGAAGAUAAUUUCUACGGCACACCGAAACCUCCAGCGGAGCCGUCCCCCGCAGCACCUCCUCUGAAUGUAAGUGAGGCCCUGCUGCCCGGAGCCCGGCCCAGCGCCCAGGGCAAGAGGAAGAGAAACCAGUCAGUCAGCAACAUGGAGCAGCGUGCCAGCCUGGAGCCACCUGAGGAGGAGGAAGAGGAGAGCCCGGUUGUCAACGGCAACGGGGUGGCCAUCACACCAGAGUCCAGUGAACAUGAGGACAAGAGCACAGAUGCCUCUGGGGAAGUUGCUGUUGAAAUGUCCAGCCAGGCUCCAGCAUCUGUUGAGCCCCCCACCGAAGGAGAGGAGGCCCCAAAAUCUCCCUGUAAAUCCCCGACCAAUGUUCCAGACAUAGAUGAGGAAGAGCUGGGUCCUCUGCCUGACAACUGGGAGAUGGCCUACACCGAGAAGGGGGAGGUCUACUUCAUAGAUCACAACACUAAAACUACAUCAUGGCUGGAUCCUCGGCUCGCAAAGAAAGCAAAGCCACCAGAAGAAUGCAGCGAAGACGAGUUGCCUUAUGGCUGGGAGAAGAUAGAUGACCCCAUCUACGGCAGCUACUAUGUAGAUCAUAUCAAUCGAAGGACUCAGUUUGAGAAUCCAGUGUUGGAAGCCAAAAGACGCCUAGAACAGCAGAGGCAGAUGCAGAGCCAGGGACUCUCCGCUCUACCACUGCCCACUAUAUACAGAGAGAAGCCAUUGUUUACGAGGGACCCAACUCAGCUAAAGGGGAACUUCCUGUCGACAGCCCUGCAGAAGAGCAACAUGGGAUUUGGCUUCACGAUCAUCGGAGGCGACGAGCCUGAUGAGUUCCUGCAAGUGAAGAGUGUUAUACCAGACGGACCCGCUGCUCAGGACGGAAAGAUGGACACGGGUGAUGUCAUUGUCUACAUUAAUGACAUCUGCGUGCUUGGCACCACACACGCCGAUGUGGUCAAGCUUUUCCAGUCUGUACCAAUCGGUCAGAGCGUGACCCUCGUGCUCUGUCGAGGCUAUCCUCUGCCCUUUGACCCCGAGGACCCAAGUGGCGCGGCAAGCACCUCCCUGACACCCAUUGGCCUGGAGCACCGCCCUCUGGUGGUGAACGGCCGCGGCAGUUACGACCCCUACCUAGAGUAUCUGUCGUUGAGCUCCCAGCUGCCUCCUCAGGCUCUGGCCCAGGCCGGAGCCCCUCACCCCGGAGACACACAUCUGGAUGGCUCAUCCCUGCCGCCCACCACACCCGGUUCGGCAUCGGCACUCACGCCACACGAUGACAACGUGUCCAUGGCCUCAUCUGGGACUGCAGGGGUCGCUGGGGCAACAUCACAGGGGGCAGAGUUUCUGACAGUUACUAUGGUGAAAGGGGCGGAGGGAUUUGGGUUCACCAUUGCCGACAGUCCCACUGGUCAGCGAGUAAAACAGGUGCUGGAGCCAGGCUCCCAGGGAGCGUCAGGGCUGAUAGAGGGAGACCUGAUCCUGGAGGUGAACCAGCAGCCAGUGGCUGCAGCUGGACAUGGACGAGUGGUGGAGAUGCUUAAAGAGUGUCCUGUGGGAGCCGAGGCUACUCUCCUCAUACAGAGAGGAGCAACAGGCCACAUCUCUCCGUGGAAGGGCCCCAAACAGUUGCCUGACCAGUGGGACCCACAUGGCAGCCCCCAAGCAAACCUAUCCGGCCCAGUUUUGCCACCUGGCAUGCCCUUCCCAAACCAGCCACAGCACCGCACAUCUGUGCCGGACUCCACCGAGGGUUUUGAUCUCAACAAACCUGACCCCUAUGACCUGUACGAAAAGUCUAGGGCUAUCUAUGAGAGCCGACGUCCAGAGUAUGAAGAGGUGGAGGUGCACCUGCUGAGGGAGAAGACCGGGUUUGGCUUCCGCAUCCUGGGGGGAGACGAGGCCGUGCAGGCUAUUGUUAUUGGCGCUAUAAUAGAGAACACUCCCGCUGAGCGCGAUGGGCGGCUUCAACCUGGGGAUGAGCUCAUUUCUGUGGAUAAAAAUGUGGUGGCUGGGAAACCGCACAAAUACGUAAUAGACUUAAUGCACGCAGCCGCUCGCAACGGUCAAGUCAGCUUGACUGUGAGAAGGAGAGUGCAAAUGCCUGGUGAACUGUGUCCUGUGAAUGGCCGCAGCCCCGGCUCUGUUUCGACACAACACAGCUCCCCGCGUAGCGAUGCAGCCUCAGCUUCGGGCCCUGCAGCGGUCGCCGUCCCAGCUGCCACCUCUCCUCCAGAGGGUUCUGCUCUGCAAACUAGUGAUGUGGUUAUUCACCGCAAGGAGAAUGAGGGCUUCGGCUUCGUCAUCAUUAGCUCCCUGAACAGACCGGAGAAUGCCACCGUCAUCACUGUGCCCCAUAAAAUAGGACGUAUCAUUGAGGGCAGCCCUGCGGACCGAUGUGGGAAGCUGAAGGUGGGCGACCGGAUCCUGGCUGUGAAUGGACAGUCCAUCAUCAGCAUGCCGCACGCAGACAUUGUCAAGCUCAUUAAAGAUGCUGGGCUAACAGUCACACUGCACAUCAUACCAGAGGAGGGUGAGUGUUUGUGUUCCCAUUCUGGCCCCGGCUCAGAGAAGCAGAGCCCCAUGACCCAGAAACACAGCCCCCAGACCCAGCCCAGCCCUGUAGCCCAGCCAGGCCAAGGAGCUGGAACCCAGCAGAGCCCAGUCACCCAGCCCUCUGGCCCCCCUCCACAGAUCUACCUCCAUGACGGCAGGUCAGAGGUAAAAGCCAGACAGGACGUUAAACCUGACUUCCGCCAUCCUCCAUUCACUGAUUACAGGCAACCUCCAGUAGACUAUCGCCACCCACCGGUUACGGAUUAUCGACAGCCGCCGACGCUGGACUACAGACACCCGCCUGGUCUAAUGGAUUUCAGACAGCAUCCUGCAGCUGCACAGUUCCCUCUGGGGCUGCCUCCUGACUUCAGACCACAGGACUAUGAUUACUUCACGGUGGAGCUGGAGAAAAGCGCAAAGGGUUUUGGCUUCAGUAUCCGCGGGGGCAGAGAGUACAAGAUGGAUUUAUUUGUGUUGCGCCUUGCUGAAGAUGGUCCUGCUAUACGUAAUGGAAGGAUGAGGGUAGGGGAUCAAAUCAUUGAGAUUAACGGAGACAGCACUCGGGACAUGACUCACGCCCGCGCCAUUGAACUCAUCAAGGCGGGAGGCAGGCGAGUCAGGCUGCUGCUAAAGCGAGGCACAGGACAGGUGCCAGAAUAUGACUGUGCCGGCCCCUGGGAUUCCUUUUCUACAGACCACUCUGCCCUGCAGGAAGUGACCCUCAAACAGUACCCAAAUCCAUUACUCUCAUCCCAUCCAGCCUCAUCCCCAGACUCCCCUCAUCAGCUCCCUCUAGAGGCCACAGCGUGCAUGGCAGACAAAGCUCUACUGCUGACAGACCACAGCUCCAUUAAAGGGGCUACAGGUGGCAGGUCCACCCAUCAGAAGUACAUCAUCAGGGGGCAGGGAACCCCUCAGGGGUGCGGAGAGGUGGACUGUGGACCAGGCGACAGACAGCCUCGGGCUUUGCCUCCCAAAGCUGUCCUGGGGAGGUCCGUUGAAAGAAGAGAGAGGCAGAGGGAUACUUGCUCCCCCUGCUGUGAGAGAAACGGCCUGCACACACAGGCAAUGAACACUGUCUGGCCUUGGGACCCAUAUGUGAGUGAGAAUUUGAAUGGAGCCUCUCUCUGCAGUGGAGAUGGACAUGUCAGCCUCCAGGAGAGGCUGGUGUCCAGAGGUUUGUUCCCCAGAGAAGAUGAGAGGGCCAGUGGCCACAGUGGGCUCUGCUGCCCCUCUAAAACCAUGGAAGAUCCUUCUACGAGGAGUGUAGCAGCCUCCCCUGGGCCCUGGAACGUCCCUGGGUCUGACAAGCUGCCUGGCACCCUGAGGUCCUGGACCUCCACAGUAAGCAGGUAGAAUGGAUCUCGCUGGUUUGAAACGGAUCACACUGUCUGGCUCCUCAUUCAGUUCACCAUCCAAGUCUGAGAAAAGCUCUCCCUCACCUUCUCUCUUUGUGUCCUGUUUUCUUCUCCAUCAUAUUUUAUGCCUCAUUUGUUCUUAUGAGAUAAUUAUUACACCCACCACCUUAAAAAAGAGAGGAACUUUCACAGAUGUUGUAACAUACAGUAUAAAACUGAUGGAGACUACACAAUAUGUAGGCAUUUUAGCCCCUCAGAUGCAACAGAAAAUGUUCUGAUUACAGAUGGAGCAACAAUGUCAGAUUCUGAGUGGAGCUAUUCUUGCGACAUGUACCUUUAACUGCUCGACCGUAUCUGGCUCAGAUUGGUUAGUGCAACGUAACCUCAGAUGGAACAAGAUUCCUCGCAGGACAGAGACAUAUGUACAUCCAAGAGAUUUACUUUUGCUCCAUUUUCUCUGUGCAGUUGGAAGAUCUGGGGAGGGAGGCAGUGACACAGACACUCCUAGAGGACAUGGCACUGGUCCAAGUGACAGCCUGGUUAACCCGACAUAUGUUAGAUCUCACAUGCCUACCAAUAUAUCAUAUACUGUAAAUGUAAGGAUGUGAAAAAUAUGUACAUUUGGUAAUCUCAAAAACAUACUUGUGUUUUUGAGGCAGUGUUGUAGUUAGAUACAUUGUAAAGAAAAGAGAAAAAACCCACCAGGACAGAAUUUUAGGAUCACUAUUUCCAUGGCCUCGUCGAUUACUACAUAUCAAAGACUGUGAAAGUCACCAAACCCAGACUGCUGAGGGAGGCAGCUGUCAUGUGCGUGGAUAUAAACCACCAUGUCUUUAUACAGGGACUCACAUGUCUUUUAGAGUUAGAACAUAGAGAGGAUAUCCUCUGUGGAGCUGGUACUCAUGUGAGACAAAAAGAAAAUCUUUUUUUCUCAAAUUGAACUUUUAAAUGACUAAAAAACAGUUGGCUUAGUAAGAACUCAUAAUCCUGUUCUGUACACAACUUGAUCACAAGUCAACCAUGCAGUCAUUGUGCAGAAUUAUAAGGCGUGUUGUAUUCAUUCAAUGCUCAACGAAAGAAUUUUGUCCAGUCUAUAUUUUCCAUUUCUAUGCCUUUUACUGUGCUAAGUGUACCACAUCACUGUGGGAGAGGGGCAUCGGUGUGGGGAAGAGGAGGCCGAUGGUUAUGAGGUGGGGCGGAGUGCCUUACUCAAACUAAUGCAGUGCUGUUUGUUUUGGGAACUGGAUGCAAAACAGAUGUUAAUGACCAUGCACACAAAUCAGCCUGGAGCCUGUUUUCUUCUGACUUAACACCAAGCAGUAUAUAUACAGUCAUCUUGAUGCACUCUUAUCAAUGUCAAUGAUUGCCCUUGUCCCCUAGCGCUUAAAUGGGGAUACAUUGUAGCCUGUAGCAUUAUAUCCUCUUCUUAGAGUCAUCUGGGAAAGUGGAGCUGUGAACAUUUAUCCAGACAGGGUUAUCACAGUGGACCGUGGUUUCUGUUGUUUCGGAAGAGUCUCAUUUCAGCUUUAUUUGUCUAUUCUGUAAAGAAAACAAGUUAAGUUUGCAUUGUUGCAAGCUGAACCAAUGCUCGCGGAAUCAAAACCCAAGACUUUAGAUGAUGUGUAAACACAAAUGCAUUGAAACGUGUUUGAUCACAAUGUUUUGAUACUGGCAGAGUGGAGGCAUGCUGCUAUUAAACUAACGGAGAUGAAGUCACUAUCCUCCUGCAUUGCUCCAUUUUGAUAUCAUCUAUUUCUCUCAACAAUAUGUUUGCUCUCAUUAGAAAUUAAAUAACCAGAGCUUUUUGAGGACUGGAGGACCGGAUGAGUAAAAUCACAAUGCAUUGUGACAACUUGACUGAAUGCAGCACGAUGACACAUCCGAGCUGUACUUGUAAACUUGUAUAGGUUUACUGGUUAACUGCUUUUUGCAAGACAAUGCACCUUUAGACUGGGAUACUAGUAUGACCUGAAAAGUUGAAUCCAACUGUGUUCAUGUGAUAAACUGGUUAGCAAGGAGCAUGAGACCAUGCCAUUAGGCUGUAGAAAUGUGUUUACUCUAUGUACAAAUGUCAAAGUUUAGAAAAAGGUGAAAGAAUAUGUCAUCCAGCUCUCUGUCUCCGUCCAGGCCAUACCCCUGCCUGCUGUGAGUGAUUUUGUAUACAAAAACAAAAACUGCUUUAUUGGAACUUGUGAAGGAUGGCACGUUCAUAAAUCCCCAUUGAGAUCAAGUAUAACUGUGUAGUGUUAAUUGUGUAUUAUUCACCUUGUACAGCUGUAUUCCUACAAAUAUGGUUUACUGUAUCAUUGAUACUGUAGUUUCAAAGACGUGAACUAUUUUUAUGAAAUGCGACAGUACUGAUAUAUUACAUUUUGCUAAAAAACAAAAAACUUGUUUACUGAAAGAUAUUCUAAAAUACUGUCAAAUAAACUCUUGACAUGGUGUAAAAUA